GCGGACGGCAAGCUGAUUCUGCAUGUGUGUUUGAUUAAUUUUUGUGGAAAAACAAAAUGGAAAAGACGACCAUUCACCACAACAUUGUGCUCGCAGUCUACGUCAUCACCUUCGUCACUGGCCUUCCCGCUAACAUGCUGGCCUUCUACGCCUUCUGCAGGAAGGUUAGGCAGAAACCCACUCCCAUCGACGUCCUGCUGCUCAACCUGACGGUGUCCGAUCUCAUCUUCCUCAUGUUCCUGCCCUUCAGAAUGUGGGAGGCAGCGGACAAUAUGCAGUGGAACAUGCCUCACUUCCUGUGCCCUCUGUCCGCCUUCCUGUUCUACACCACCAUCUACAACAGCACCUUCUUCCUGACGGCGAUCAGCGUGGAGCGCUACAUGGGCGUGGCCUUUCCCAUAAAGUACAAGCUAAAACGCCGGCCUGUGUACGCCGUGGUGGCCAGCGUUGCCUUCUGGGUGAUCUCCAUGGCGCACUGUAGCAUUGUCUACAUCAUGCAUUAUUUCGACCACACCGAAGAAGACACCAACAACCAGAACACAAACUUGACAGACUAUUGCUACAAGCAAUUCACCGAGAAGCAGCUGAAGAUCCUGCUGCCGGUGCGUCUGGAGCUCUUCCUGGUGCUCUUCUGCAUCCCCUUCCUCAUCUGCUGCUUCUGCUACGUCAGCUUCAUCCGCAUCCUGUCCCGGCUGCCCAACUUCAGCAGGAAGAAGAGGCAGCGGGCCAUGGGGAUGGCCCUGGGGACGCUGCUGGUCUUCAUCCUCUGCUUCGCGCCCUACAAUGUGUCGCACGUGGUGGGCUACGUCACGGAGCAGAGCCCCCCCUGGCGCGUGGACGCCCUGCUCUUCAGCACCUUCAACGCCUGCCUGGACCCCCUCGUCUUUUACUUCUCUUCCGCGGCCAUGAGGAGCACGCUCAGCCACCUUGUCAAAGAGCUGGUGGAGAAGCUGCACCUGACUUGCUGCUACAGGGCUCUCUACUGCCCCCUGCUGGGGUGCACCGGGAACGAGGACAGCACCCAGAGCUCCAACGACAGCACCUUGUAGACCGCGCUGGCAGGAGCGUCCUCUCGCUCUGCAUAAUGUGGUCAUUGCUAUUCAUCAUGGGUUGUGCUAUUUACCAUUUUGA